AUGCAUCGUGCUUGUUCCACUUGGCUCGAAAAUACAUUUAUAUCUCUGUACUUUAAGGGUAUUUCUUUUUCUUAUCUAAGUUUUUAGUAAAUUUAUGCAUAUCUUCAUUUUAUCACAUUUAUUGAGGUUUCGAUAACGUUAGGAUCUUGGAACCUUGAAAUUUCUUUUCCGCUAAGAAUUUCACGUUUAUAAACAUUACGCUCUGAUACAAAAUUAGAUAUUUUUAAUGUGAAAAUAUUUUUCAUGAAAUAUAAUUGCAAAAUAAUAAGCUUUUCAUAUUUGUAAAUAUCCGAAUAUACAAUAUUAGAGUAUUAAAAUUGUUUAUAUAUUGUUUCAUUUAUUUUACUCUAAGACUGUUUUACAAAUAUUUUGCAAUAUAUUUAUAUAAAUAUCAUUCUUUAUUUGUUAUUAGACAUUGUUAAACAUUGUUAAAUAUUAAAUAUUGUACAUUUAAAUAUUGUAUGGCAGUAAAAUUUAAUUUAGAAUUCUGAAUACAGAUUUUGUUGUUUUGUUUAAUCUAAGAUUUAUAUCACUGAUAUUGUACAUGUAAUAAAGAUAAGGAAGAAACUAAUGGUGGCUUAAGUUUUAUAUGAUAACAAAGAUCAUAAGUUUUAAUAUAGCACACAUAUGUUUUAUUGUAUAAGUUAAACUUAUGGGUAUAAUUUUUUUAUUCAGAUGUCUGUUUAACAUUAAUAUUAGUAAGUAUUAGUUUUGUUUCUUCCUUUUAGCCAAAAGUAUUUCAACGAAUGGUUUUUAUGUAAAACAUUGUAAUUCUGCAAUAAUAAAACAAGACAAUAUGAAGGUCCAAAUAUUACCUGCACUCCAAGAUAAUUACAUGUACUUAAUUAUUGAUGAAGCAUCGCAGGAGGCUGCAAUUGUGGAUCCUGUGGAUCCUGAGAGUGUUGCGUGUGCAAUUCAACAAAAUAAUGUGUGCUUAACAAAAGUUCUAACCACUCAUCACCAUUGGGAUCAUGCUGGAGGAAAUGCAAAUUUGUGUAAGAAAUUUAAUAAUCUUCAAGUGUAUGGCGGAGAUGAUAGAAUAGAGGCACUUACAUGUAAAGUAAAGCACAAUGAUACUUUCAACAUCGGAAGAUUACAAGUUCAAUGUUUAGCAACACCAUGUCACACCAGUGGUCAUAUCUGUUAUUAUAUCACAGGAGAUCAAGAUUCUCCAGCAGUUUUCACAGGUGAUACACUUUUUGCUGGUGGUUGUGGCAGAUUCUUUGAAGGUACUGCAGAACAAAUGUAUAAAGCACUUAUAGAGAUUUUGGGAUCACUACCUAAUGAAACUAAAGUAUACUGUGGUCAUGAGUACACAGGAAAUAAUUUAAAAUUUGGGAAACAUGUGGAGCCAGAAAAUGAAGCAAUUCGUCAAAAGAUAGAAUGGGUUCGUAUACAACGUGAAAAGAAUAAUCCUACUGUGCCGAGUACUAUUCAGGAAGAGAAAUUAACAAAUCCAUUUAUGCGAGUUCACGAACAAUCCGUUAUGGAUCACACUGAGCAAAAAGAUCCAAUUCAAACUAUGGCAUUCCUUAGAAGGGAGAAGGAUAACUUUAAAGCAUAA